GACCAGACGAUCCUAUUGGUGGUAGGAAGUCAUGUCCUCGACACCUGGAUCACUGCUUUAAUGGUGAAACGGUUGUCUUCGGUCCACAAGUAUGUCGUGAAAUGCUUUACUAUGGUGGUCCUCUUCGGCGUCACAUGGUACCGUGGGAAACGAUCCUGGACAUUGGCAGAGGUGCUGGUAGCUGUGAUGAUCGUUUUGCUGACGCUGCAGUUCGCCGCCUUGUCGCACGAGGACGAGAAGAAGGCAGCGUGGCGAAGUGA